AUGAGUCUCUCGUCACUUCUCCUGCCUGGCGCGAACAAGGGCAAGGCGAAAGCCAUUGACAAGGGGCUGGACGACCUUUUCCGUGCGAGUGUCUCCGCACCACCGCCACGUCCAACCACUUCCAUAUUCAAACCAAUUGCCAGUGUUCCUACGCCAGCAGUUGAGAAGAAACGAAAGGCGAACGACGACACGCCCACCACGAAAGCAAAACGCUUGAGGUCGCAGACUGCAGCCAUCCCCUCUUCAUCUAAGGUACCCGUGCCCGCGAAGAAUACCAAAUACACGAAAGUUACCAAGCACGUAGAGGACAGGGAGAGCGAGGAUGAGGAUGAGGGGAACGAAGCAGAGGAUGAUAGGGAAGACGAAGACGUUUCUGGGGCGGGCGAGGACGACGAAGCAUCCAGCGACUCCGGGGAUGAAGGACAUCCGUCCAAACUCGUGCACGAAUCGCUGCAGAAGGGCGGCAUACAGACGAACGGGCAAUCGCGACACGGAAAGCAAAAAUACAUCCCUUCGGUAGAGACCCCUGAGCAGCGCGAUGCGCGGACGAUAUUCGUCGGAAACGUUGCAGUCGAAGUCACGAAGUCUCGACCUGCACAGAAGCAACUCAAGCGCCACAUCCUCUCCUUCGUCCCCUCCGCAAAAAUUGAAUCCGUCCGCUUCCGCUCCAUCGCCUUCAAGAAGCCCACCGCCGAGCUUCCCGAUGACAACCGCAAAUCCACGCACUCCGACAAGGCGAAGCCCCGCGAGCACGCCCGCGCCCGCGCCACGUCCUGGCGCGCCGACAACGACGACGAGGCCGCCGCGGCCCUGGCGAAACAGUACCUAGCCCCGAAGGAGAAGAAGCGGAUCGCGUUCAUCAAGCACGAGAUCCACGAGCACGUCGAUGCGGUGAAUGCGUACGUCGUUUUCGCGCAUCCGCCGUCGGCGGAGGCGCUCGCGAAGCGGCCGGCGAACGUCCCUCCGCCUGCUCCCGUGAUGGAUCCAUACGACGCUGCGAGCGCGUGCGCGGAGAAGUGCGACGGGAGCGUGUUCAUGGGGCGUACGCUGAGGGUAGACGUCGUGAAGAAGGGUGCGCGGCCGAGAACGGAUGGAGAGGGAGAGCAUGAGGCGAGGGCGGGUGAGCAGGCGAUGGCAGGAGACCCGAAGGCAACACUUUUCGUGGGCAACUUGGAGUUUACGAGCAAAGAGGAGGACUUGAGGGCAUUCUUCGAGAGCGUGGUCACCGAGGAAAGAGGGAAGCCAGGAGAACGGACGGGUGACGAGACCAGCGAUGAAGACGAGAACGAGAGCGAUGAGGAGGAUGGGGGCAAGCAGGACAAGCCUCGCUUAUGGGUCAAGCGCGUCCGCAUCGUCCGCGACAAGGACACGCAGCUCGGGAAGGGCUUCGCAUACGUCCAGUUCGCGGACCGCCAAUGCGUCGACGAGGUCCUCGCGCUCGAGCAGGCCAGGCUCAAGUUCGCAAAGCGCAAGCUCCGCGUCCAGCGCUGCAAGACCCUCCCCGGCGGCCCCAAGCUACGCGCCGCCAAGCCUCCCCCUCCCCCUCGCCCAUCCGCGUCCGCGUCCGGUGCCGCCCCCGCUAAGGGCAAGUCUUCCCGUGCCGACCGCCCCGAGCGUGCACCCCGUCUCGUCCCGACACACGCGCCCCCGAAAGGCGACCCCUCCCUCGGGGCCAAGCUCGCGCACCUCCCCAAAGAGGAGCGCAAGAAGGUCAAGGCCACGGAUGCGGACCGCGUCGCGCGGCGGCUGGCGAAGAAGCGCGCGAAGGCGCUCGCGGAGAAGGGCGUGAAGUCGCGGGGUGGGGGGGAGAGGGAGCGCGUCCGGAAGCGGGGGAGCGAGCGGAAGGAAGGGGCGCACGGGCACGGGAAGGAGAAGCCGAAGAAGAGGGUGAGGAGCGGGAGGGCGUUGAUGAAGAUGAACACGAAAAAGUAG